GGCCACCUGCCCAGGAAACUUGUUGGUUGUUUCCCUCGGAUCUCUCCGGGACGGGAACACGGAACAGGGGCAUGGAAGAUCCGUCGGGCGCUCGCGAGCCCCGGGCCCGGCCAAGGGAGCGGGACCCGGGCCGGCACCCCAACCCGGACCGAGACCGCGCCCACGAGCGACACCGGAACCGACCCAGGGACCCGCAGACGGAGCGAAGCAGCGACGGGAACCGGCGAGGGGACCGGGAUCGGGAGAGAGACCGAGAGAGGGACCGGGAUCGGGAGAGAGACCGGGAGAGGCACCGGGAAAGGGAGAGAGACCGGGACCGAGGCCCCCGCCGGGACAGACACAGGGACUCGGGCCCUCGGGCAGGUGAACACGGAGUUUGGGAAAAGCCGCGCCAAAGCUGGACGCGGGACGGAGCCCGGGGACCAACCUGGGACGCAGCCGCGCCUCCUGGGCCUGCGCCCUGGGAAGCCCCGCAGCGGCCGCCGCAGAGGAAGGGGGACCCCGGGCGCCGCGCACCCGAAAGUGAACCCCCUUCAGGGAGAUAUCUGCCCUCAACCCCCAAGCCUGGACAAGAGGAGGUGGAAUAUUACCAGUCAGAGGCGGAAGGACUCCUGGAAUGCCAUAAAUGCAAAUACUUGUGCACUGGGAGAGCCUGCUGCCAAAUGCUGGAGGUUCUCCUGAACUUGCUGAUCCUGGCCUGCAGCUCUGUGUCUUACAGUUCCACAGGGGGCUACACAGGCAUCACCAGCCUAGGGGGCAUUUACUACUACCAGUUUGGAGGGGCUUAUAGUGGCUUUGAUGGUGCUGAUGGGGAGAAAGCCCAGCAGCUGGACAUCCAAUUCUACCAGCUAAAGCUGCCCACAGUCACUGCGGCAAUGGCCUGCAGUGGAGCCCUCAUGGCCCUCUGCUGCCUCUUCAUUGCCAUGGGUGUCCUGCGGGUCCCCUGGCAUUGUCCGCUGUUGCUGGUGACCGAAGGCUUGUUGGACGUGCUCAUCGCUGCAGGGUACAUCCCAGCCUUGUACUUCUACUUCCACUACCUCUCUGCUGCCUACAGCUCUCCUGUGUGUAAAGAGAGGCAGGCGCUGUACCAAAGCAAAGGCUACAGUGGCUUCAGCUGCGGUUUCCACGGGGCAGAUAUAGGAGCUGGAAUCUUUGCUGCCCUGGGCAUUGCGGUCUUUGCCCUGGGGGCUGUCCUGGUCAUAAAGGGUUACCGAAAAGUCAGGAAGCUGAAGGAGAAGCCAGCAGAAAUGUUUGAGUUUUAAGAGUUUCUAAAAUGCUCUGCAAGAUGCAAGUGAUGGAAGGUAGUCUGAGCCACUGUCUUUCCCAAGAAUCCUUCAUUGUGGAACUUUCCAAUGCUGGAAAAGCAGCAAGCCAGCCUUGAUGUGGUGGGCGGAGCUUCCAGUUGCAUGGAGCAGUGUUCAUGGAUGCAAAAGUGUUGUGGAGUCCUCUGUGAAUGAGGAACCAACCAAAAUUAUUCUUCAAAAAGAAAAAAAAAAAAAAAAGGCCCAGCUUGGUGACUCACGCCUGUAAUCCCAGCACUUUGGGAGGCCGAGGCAGGUGGAUCAUUUGAGGUCAGGAGUUCAAGACCAGCCUGGCCAACAUGUUGAGCCAUGUCUCUACUAAAAAUACAAAAAUUAGCUGGGUGUGGUGGUACAUGCCUGUAAUCCCAGCUACUCAGGAAGCUGAGGCAGGAGAAUCACUUAAACCUGGGAGGUGGAGGUUGCAGUGAGCCAAGAUCCUGCCGCUAUACUCCAUACUGAGUGACAGAGCAAGACUCCAACUCAAAAGAAAAAAAAAAUGCCAAAAAACUGGAGCCCAAGAGCCACAAGGAAAAGACGUGUGCUACAACAGAAUGCACUUCUUCAUUCAGUAAAGGGAGAUCACCAAGAGAAUUUGAGGAAUGUUAUCUUCAAAGUUCUCAGGCAGAGUGGCCCACACCUAUAAUCCCAGCGCUUCGGGAGGCUGAUGUAGGAGGAUUGCUUGAACCCAGGAGUUCAAGUUUGCAGUGAGCUAUGAUUGUGUCACUACACUCCAGCCUGAGCAACAGAGUGAGACCUUAUUGCCAAAAUACCAAAAAAAAAAAGUUCAUGGAGAGCCACAUAGACAUAAGACCACACUUCAGUUUGAAUUUUUCUAAACACUCUCAAGCAGAUCAGCCCACACGUUUUUUCACACUGAACUCUUUAGUCCUUCCCCUUUCUUAAUUAUGCAAAUGGAGCGGGUGGGGACUCUUGGGGAAACUACUCCUGUUAAAUUUAAGUUGGAGGUAGGCGUGGGCUGAGGAAAGAGGAAUCAGAUUAAUUCUCUGGGUUGCAAAGAGGCUGUUCUGCAGGCCCCUUCCAGUGGCCCCGUAAACUCAAUAAGUGUUUUGUGCCUCUUGUCAAUGUGGCAUUGUAUGAAGCAUUAAACCCAACAUCUAGAAUUCAGGAUCCAUCCAAAAUAAAAGAAUGUGAAUUCUUUCCCAACAGAAGAGUUACUUUUGCCCAGGCAACUUUGUGGGUUCUUAUUUCUUAUUGCACAUUAAGUUAUGAGAUACGGAACAUUACAGUAUAUUCUUGGUCCAAGUGAAUAAGUUCUUUGCUUUAUGUGAAUCCAAUAAAGAAAUCCAAAGAAUUUUAA